UUGCACCUGGGAGGAGCAAAGAAGGGAGUGGGGGAGCACGGAGCUGGGCUGCAGAAAGAUCCUUAGCUUAGACCUGGAGGGUGUGUGGAGAGUCUCAGCGGAAGGGGGUGUGCACAGCUCCUCUUAUGAGGGGAGACCCAGCUUCUUGACCUGGGAUCAGAGUUGGGUCUACCCACUUUGCAACCCCCAGAUAAAUCGCCCUGGUUGUUUCUGAUGGCUUGGUGGAUGCAGGAAUCCUUUUCAGCCCAGCCAUCUGGCUUUCGAGACCACUUGUGGGAAGGGGCAUAGAGUGCUCAUUGCAAAGAAAGAGCAUCUCUGUUUAUCUCCAAAUUCCUCCUCUCUUCCUGGCUGGGGAACAAAUCAUCACAGCCCUCCUCACCUCAUCUCCCAGUACACUUUCGGUUGACCAUCCUGCUCGUCUCCAGUUCCUACCAAGCCUGGAGGGGAAGCAUUUGGAGGUUGUGCUGGUGUGGGGCUGUGGACAGCUCCCAGGUUCUCCCUGCAUGAACUUCUCAGAUUCUGGCUUCUAGGAGAAGAGCCUGCCCUAGGUUGUCCGGUGAUUGUUUCUCCUGUCCUGCACUAGCCUGAGGAAAGCAGGAUUGGAGUGACUUUGCUUGCCUUUUGGGUCAGAACCUCCCAGAAGAGAGGUGGACCAUCAGGGCUCUAGGAGGAAUUUUAUGGUAGUCAUUCCCAUCCCCAGGCCUACUUAGAGCUGCUAGCUCCGGGCUUCAAAACAGACAGCUCUAGAGCCAGAGGAGGAAGAAUGGGGAUUCCCUUCACACACGCUCCUGAUGCAUUUUGGGGGCACAAAGGCCACACCCUCACCAGCCAGUUCUGACUGGUGACAGCAUGCAGCUUCUUCUGAACUGUCUGGAUAUUGAGGUUUCCAAGUGAGGACAGAAAUAAUGAAGACUGUGUGCUAGCUGUAUCCUUUUGAAGCACCCAGGAAGAAGUCCAGAGUGUGGUCAGAACUGUUGCAGCACUCGGAGUAAAGGAGGGAUGGACUCGGGAUUAUGCUGAGAUUCCAGAAUGAAUCUGGUCGACCUGUGGCUAUCCCGUUCCCUCUCCAUGUGUCUCCUCCUCCAAAGCUUUGUUCUGAUGAUCCUGUGCUUUCAUUCUGCCAGUAUGUGUCCCAAAGGCUGCCUUUGUUCUUCCUCUGGGGGUUUAAAUGUUACCUGUAGCAAUGCAAACCUCAAGGAAAUACCCAGAGAUCUCCCUCCUGAAACAGUUUUGCUGUAUCUGGACUCCAACCAGAUCACAUCCAUCCCCAAUGAGAUUUUUAAGGACCUCCAUCAACUGAGAGUUCUCAACCUGUCCAAGAACGGCAUUGAGUUUAUUGAUGAGCAUGCAUUCAAAGGAGUAGCAGAGACCUUGCAGACCCUUGACCUGUCUGACAAUAGGAUUCAAAGUGUGCACAAAAAUGCCUUCAACAAUCUGAAGGCUAGGGCCAGAAUCGCCAACAACCCCUGGCAUUGUGACUGCACUCUCCAGCAAGUUCUGAGGAGCAUGGCAUCCAAUCAUGAGACAGCACACAAUGUAAUUUGCAAGACUUCAGUGUUGGAUGAACAUGCUGGGAGACCGUUCCUCAACGCUGCCAAUGAUGCUGACCUUUGUAACCUCCCUAAAAAGACCACUGACUAUGCCAUGCUGGUCACCAUGUUCGGCUGGUUCACCAUGGUGAUCUCUUACGUGGUGUAUUAUGUGAGGCAGAAUCAGGAGGAUGCCCGGAGACACCUUGAAUACUUGAAAUCCCUGCCAAGCAGGCAAAAGAAGGCAGAUGAACCCGAUGAUGUUAGCACUGUGGUAUAGUGACCAUGCUGACUGGCACUGGGAAAGUAGCUUCUGGUUGUAGUAGAGUAAGUGGUUCACUUCUCCUUCCAUUGUACACGUUUCAAACUUUGUGUUUUAGUUUCUUUGGAAUCAUGGCACUGUUGAACUUUUCACAAACACUACCACACUAACGAUUUUAGUUUAGGUGAUCUCCCCCCAUUAAUUGUGCCCCUGGUUCCUAAGUAACAAGCUCUCUGAACAUUAGUUAGACCCAUCUCACUAUUUAAUAAUGAAAUUUAUUUUUUUAAUUUAAAACUGAAUAAAAGCUUAACUUUGAACCAUG